UUUAAUUCUCGCAUCAGCCUUGUAUCUAUCACACAAUGUUACGUACUCAAAAACUCAAUGGCUACUUCCGUCAACACAGCUCUCUAUCUCUUUUCUUGUUUAAAACCUAAAAUUCUCUCGGUUUCUCUUCUCUCUCCUUUCUCUUUUCCAUGGAAAUCCAAUCACCACCCUCUUCACCGCCCCCAUCACCACCGUCGCCACUGCCGCCACCAGACUCGCUUAGAACAUAUAAAUUAACAGCUAAAUCGAUUUGCUAUGUUAAAUCAACCUCCUUUGCUAAUAGCAUUGCACCAUUUUCAAUGUUCAAACCAUGCAUUACAACUUCACCGAGUUACAUCCUCAAAGAUGUGUCUUUUACGGCUUGUCCAUCUCAAAUCCUUGCCAUUGUUGGCCCUAGCGGAGCUGGAAAAUCAUCUUUGCUCGACAUCUUAGCCGCAAGAACUUCACCAUCAAGUGGUACUCUCCUCCUUAACUCUUUGCCUAUCCAUCCAUCGUCCUUUCGUAAGCUUUCAGCUUAUGUCCCUCAACAUGAUGCAUGCCUUCCUUUGCUUACUGUGUCUGAAACUUUCAUUUUCGCUGCUCAACUUCUCCACCCGAAAUCAUCCGAUAUUUCUACAAUUGUAGAUUCUCUUCUCAAGGAGCUUAGCCUAACACACUUGGCUAAUACUCGAUUAGCUCAUGGCUUAUCUGGCGGCGAACGUAGACGGGUUUCAAUAGGACUUAGUCUUCUCCAUGACCCUGCUGUGUUACUUCUCGAUGAACCCACUUCUUGCCUUGAUAGUAAAUCAGCUCUUAAUGUGAUGCAAACCCUUAAGGCGAUUGCUACUUCACGUCACCGCACUGUGAUUUUGUCAAUUCAUCAACCAAGCUUCAAGAUUCUUUCUACCAUUGAUAAAAUAAUUUUGUUAUCCAAAGGAACUGUAGUUCAUCAUGGAACUAUUUCUUCUUUGCAAAGUUUUUUGCUUUUUAAUGGCUUUACUGUCCCUCCACAACUUAAUGCCCUUGAAUAUGCCAUGGAAAUUUUAGAUCAGCUUCUAGAGAGUAAACCCUCUACACCACCUUCUCUUCCGUCAUCCUCAGAUGAAAAUGGCGUCAAAACACCUCAUUCUGGUAGCAAAUCAAGAGAUGUCAGAUAUAGGAGUUCACGAGUCCAUGAAAUCCUAGUUCUUUAUAGUAGAUUUUGGAAGAUUAUUUACAGAACAAGACAACUUUUGUUAACAAAUACGUUAGAAGCUCUUAUUGUGGGUCUUGUUUUAGGAAGCAUUUACAUCAACAUUGGAUACAGCAAGCAAGGCAUUGAAAAGAGGUUUGGUCUUUUUGCCUUUACUCUCACUUUCCUUCUUUCUUCUACUACCGAAACACUCCCAAUCUUUAUCAAUGAAAGGCCAAUUUUACUGAGAGAAACUUCAAGUGGAAUUUAUAGACUAUCAUCAUAUCUAGUAGCAAAUACUCUUGUCUUCUUGCCAUACUUGCUUGCAGUCGCUAUUAUUUAUUCGGUCUCCGUUUAUUUCUUAGUGGGUCUUUGUUCUUCUUGGCAAGCUUUUGGUUACUUUAUUUUAGUGAUAUGGGUUAUAGUUUUAAUGGCAAACUCAUUUGUUCUUUUUUUGAGCUCUCUUGCUCCAAAUUAUAUAGCUGGAACUUCUCUGGUCACAAUACUUCUUGGCGCUUUCUUUCUCUUCUCCGGCUAUUUCAUUUCACAGGAUAGCAUGCCUAAGUAUUGGCUUUUCAUGCAUUUUUUGUCCAUGUACAAGUAUGCUCUUGACGCCCUUCUUAUCAAUGAGUAUUCUUGCCUUGUAAGUAAGUGCUUCCUUUGGUAUGACGAAACGAAGACGUGUAUGGUGACUGGAGCUGAUGUGUUAGAGAAGAAAGGGCUCGCUGAAAGCCAUAGAUGGACUAACAUCUAUAUUUUGAUUGGUUUUUUUCUGUUCUAUCGUGUGCUUUGUUUGCUCGUUUUGAUCAGAAGGGUUUCAAGAUCCAAAAAAUGAAAUUUUAUGUUUUCUUUCACUGUUUCUUGAAAGUCGAAGCUCCCUUAAUGGCUUCUUGAGCUUCACUAGUUCCUCAAAAAGUAUAAGUUGGAAAAACUGUAGCAAAGCCAAGUUUAGUUCAAGAAUUACAUUGCCAUUGUACAACUUUUUAAGUGAAUUUUAGUAUAUAUUUGAGAUUUUUAUGUUUCAGAAA